GUCUCAACUGCCAGUCGGGAUUUUAGGUUUUAUUUUUCCUGGCUCAUCGUUUCGAUUUCUCUCUUCCUUCGUCAUUUUCUUCGUUUUCUGGGUUUUUCCACUGAAAAAAGAGAGCUGAAGUAGAGCCACCAUGCGAUCGCCGCAGGGGGUGAGCGCCGGCCACCGCCAUUAAUCACCACCAGCUUCCCCUCAAUCGCGGCCAGAACCCACCAUCACCGUUGCAGCUUCUCCACAUCUCCAGUUCCGGUGACUUCCAACUCUAAAGCCAUCUCCGUCUUCACUACACCAAAUUCCAAUCCUUCAACACCUAUUCGCCGCUGAUCCACCUCCAUCUUAACAAUAGCAGCUGAAGGAAAUGAAAAAUCCAGAGGUGCCAAGGUCAUUGCCGCCGCAGCUCCACAUCAGUCCAUCGCCGCGGCCACCACUGUAGCUAAACCCAACUUCUUACAGUUCACUUCUACCUAUUGAUAAGGCUGAUCGGCUGAUGGAGGAAAUGGCGGUUGCAGGAAGUGUUGCCAGUACUGAUUUUAAUCGGGCUGACAUGAGGAGUCUAGCCUUCCAAAUCCUCACCGGCCGGUGGUUGAUGGUGUUUGCAGCAAUUCUUGUCAUGUUUGCGGCUGCUUCUGCGACUUCCAUGUUCGGCCUCUACUCAAGCGCAAUCAAAGCCGCUCUGGGAUAUGAUCAAACUACCCUCAAUUUGCUCGGCUUUUUCAAGGACUUGGGAGCAAAUGUUGGGGUUCUUUCUGGCCUUAUCAAUGAGGUCACACCACCAUGGGUUGUGCUAUCAAUGGGUGCGGCUAUGAAUCUUUUCGGCUACUUAAUGAUAUGGCUUGCAGUGUCGGGAAAAAUAGCCAAACCCCGGGUCUGGCACAUGUGUCUCUACAUAUGCAUUGGCUCGAAUUCUCAGGCUUUUGCCACCACUGGAGCACUUGUCACCUGCGUGAAGAACUUCCCUGAGAACCGAGGUGCGGUUUUGGGGAUAUUGAAGGGGUAUCAGGGGGCACUAACUGGUGCAAUUAUCACACAGAUGUACCGUGCUUUCUAUGGCAACGAUGCAACGGCUCUCAUUUUGUUUGUAGCUUGGCUUCCUGCAGCUGUAUCUUUGGGGUUUCUUCCUGCUAUUCGAAUCAUGAAGGUGGAUCAGCGGAGAAAUGAGCUCAAGGUCUUUUAUAAUUUCCUCUAUAUUUCUCUGGGCCUCGCAGGAUUUCUCAUGAUUAUAAUUAUAGUAGAGAAACAGAUGAAGUUCAUUCAGAGUGAAUAUGGUGGAAGCGUGGCUGUUGUCCUUUUCUUGCUCUUUCUUCCACUUGCUCUUGUUAUAAAAGAAGAAUUCGAUCUUUGGAAGAUGAAGAAACAAGCCCUGAAUGAGCCUUCUCGGUUGAAAAUCAUCACAGAGAAGUUGAAUGCUGAGGAUAAAGAUGCCUCUUCACCUCCACCAUCGCCACCACCCAUGUCUGCAGCUGCAACUAGUUCACGCAACCAGUUACCCAGUCCACAGACACAAAAUUCUUGUCUAUCAAAUGUUUUCCGACCACCCAAGAGAGGGGAGGACUACACCAUACUUCAAGCCCUUUUCAGCUUCGACAUGUUUCUUCUAUUCUUAGCUACGAUUUGCGGUGUUGGAGGGACUUUAACAGCAAUAGACAACUUGGGACAGAUUGGAACUUCACUGGGGUACCCGACUGACAGCCUAAGCACUUUCAUAUCGCUCAUGAGCAUAUGGAACUAUCUCGGAAGAGUGGUUGCUGGUUUUGUAUCUGAAAUCUUCUUAACCAAAUACAAAUUUCCUCGGCCUCUAAUGCUGGCACUCGUCCAACUCUUGGCAUGCGCUGGUCAUCUGCUCAUGGCCUUCAACGUCCACAAUGCUCUCUACUUAGCAUGGAUGAUCAUCGGGUUUUGCUUUGGUGCCCAAUGGCCAUUACUUUUCGCCAUCAUUUCUGAAAUUUUUGGGCUCAAAUAUUACUCCACGUUGUACAAUUUUGGCUCUGUGGCUAGCCCAAUUGGUUCUUAUCUGCUGAACGUGAGGGUGGCCGGAUAUCUAUAUGAUAAAGAAGCGGAAAGGCAAAUGGCAGCCACGGGGAGCCAUAGGAAGUCUGGUGAGGAGCUGACUUGCAUUGGGGCAGAGUGCUUCAAAUUGGCUUUCCUCAUAAUAGCAGGGGUUACAUUUUUUGGUACCCUUGCGUCGUUCAUUCUUGUGCUUAGGACUCGCAAGUUCUACCGGAGUGACAUUUACAAGAAGUUCCGAGAAUAGAAUUGUUAAUUGCAAUUAUUAGGCUCAUGAUCUGUUUAUUUAUGAAGGGAUGAGGAUGAGAAGCCUUGGAGUAUUGUGACUAGGAAUUGAUAUUAAAGAAAUAAGAGGAAAGAGUAGAAAAUUAUUUGUAUUGCAAUGUAUGAUAAUUAAAGUUAGGUCUUAUGCAGGUGUAUAAAAUUGAACAUAUUCAUUUGAGAAUUCCUCUUUGCCCA